CUGGGCUCAGUAUGCCAGGUGCCAGGACACAGCUGUCUCCUCACGGGCCCCCUCCCACCCCGUCGCUGAGCAGGGUGGGGUGGGGCUCCUCUGGGCUAGCCACCGGGGUCCAGACCGUGGGCGCUGUAGGCAAAUGCAGCUGGAGAUCGUUCCUGAGCAGCAGACCGGUGAGAGCGGCCACUAACCUGUGCCAGAUCCCGUCAUGCCAGUCCCUCUGCUGCCGCUGCUGUUCCGGACGCUGCUGUCCCGCCUGCUGCUACCGAUCGUCCGCCUGGCCCGCCAGCGCCUCCUGCCCCUGCUGCAUCGACUGGCUCGCCGCCUGAGCUCCCAGGACGUGAGAGAAGCUUUGCUGGGCUGCCUGCUGUUCGUUCUCAGCCAGAGAAACCCUCCAGAUGCUGGGGAAGCCUCCAGAGUGGACCGUCCGCAAAGGAGAGAGAGAUUAGGUCACCCAAAGUGAGAGCACGAGAAGCGUCCUGGCAGGGGCACUGGCCAGCAAGAUGGUUUCUUUUGCAGGAGGACAGUCCAGGCAGAAGCAAUGACUGCAGAAGGUGGAGAGGGGGCUGAGGGAGACAGGGGGCCUGAGCUGAAAACGCCUCCUCCCUCCGCCAAAUCUAGCAGAUCCACCAUUGUUUUCCACCCCACCCCCUCGGCAAAUCACCUCUGGCCUCCAGGAUGGGGACCUGACCUCAAGGCAAAUGGGGACAGCAAGGUCAGUUAAGGGAUAAUGCUCAUGGGACAAAAGAUCACUUAGCUGAGAGGUUAUAUUUGAAUCCAAAUUGGCAGUUCUUCCAGACUCGGGGCCUGCCUUAAAAUUAGGGGAACCCCGUUUCCUUUUGUGGCAAGAAUGUGCCCAA